CGAACCUUCCUGUCGACGCUCGAGGCGCCGCCGCGACACAUGAGCUGUUGGGACUGCUGCAUUCGCUUACUGAAGCGAUGUCUCCCGCGGAACGACAUCGUCGUCGAGCUCGCGCCAUACUUGAACACCGCAAACGGAGGGUACGCGAACAAUGCACAGACAAACACAGGCGGACGUGGCCAGACCAAUACCACCAACACCCACACAAGCCUCGCGUCCAGAUUUACCAAUUCCCAAGGAGAAUUGCAGCAUGGUGCUACCGGUGGUGGUGGUGCACACCACGCGGGGGAACAAUCGCGAUCUGGCCGCCGAAGGGAUCGCCAUGCGGCCGCCGCUGAUAUUCAAUCGGGAGGUGCCGACCCAUCUCUCGGCAACGGUCGGGGAAAAGGUUCCAUCUUGAAUCCUGCGUUACUAUCCUCGUCGACGACAAAGUUUUACAGCCACAAUGUCCACAGCACUGACGACAUGCAUGACAACGACGACCUCGGCUCCACAAGUCCUAUGAACGGUCGCGGUGACCCGUAUAUCGCCUCCACAGGUGGACUAAGCCAUGUUCUGCACAAGUAUGCUGUCAGUCGGCAUCAAGCUGAUCCGCGCUGUCGAGAAGUGUACCAUCCCCUUCCUCACACAGCGUCAGGUCACACCUUGCUCCCCGUGGACGUGGUUAUGGGCCACGACGUCAUCAUGCAGGGUGGCGGCAUGGGUGGUCAAAACACACCGAUGCUUCGCGCGUGCGACUCAACCUCGUCCAUCGACAUCAACGUCGACGAUUUCGACAGCUCGACAGUGUUUGUGUAUGUGAGUGUGGCCGCCUUUCAGCGACUGGCGCGACAAUUCCAGGAACUCAUGGAGGAAGCGACGUCAUUGUACGUCCACAUGAUCCGGUCGCGCCUCAACGAGUACGGCGGCGUCGAGCUCCGAUUCAACGAAGGGUACUUUGUCGUGGGAUUUCAGACCGAAUUCAACGCGGCGCGGUGGUGCCUCGCAAUGCAACUCGGACUGAUGUAUGCGGCAUGGAACCCGCGUUUUCUCCGCGCGCCGGAAGCGCAGGAGGAGAUGUCCCGGCAUCGCCCGAUGCCAGUGUUCCGUGGACUUCGCGUGCGCAUGGCAAUCCAUUCGGCGUGUCCGAACUCCGAAUCUGACGACGACGACGUCGACGCGGAUAGCUUGCUCGAGUUUACGGAGGCUAACCCGCCCGAGCAAGACCCGCGGGAACUUGUCCGUCUCAUCGGUGAAUGCGUCCACGGCGGUCAAAUUGCAUUGAGCGACGGCGUGUGGGAGAAAAUGAAGGAGCAACUUGUGCAACUGGGCAACCCUGUCGUGGAAGAUCUAGGCAAGCAUGUUGUUGGCGGCCACGCGCUGCAGUUGUUUCAGCUCUUGCCAAAGCAUCUCGAGGACCGCCACUUUUUGCCACUCAUGUCGAUCAAGCAACUGGCUCCUGCGAUGCGAGACGCCCCGACCGCCGCAGGCGAAGUCACGAUGGUUUUUACCUUCAUCGAAGGCGCCCGAUCGCUUAUGCUGAACGACGCACAUGCACUCGUAUCUCGAGUCAAGACGAUUUGCACGUUGUCGAGGAAGCUGCUGCGGACCCACCGUGGGUACGAGUGCCAGGAGCUCCAAGGGGACUUCAUGUUGGCGUUCUUCCGACCGGCGGACGCAAUUGCCUGGUGCGGUGAAGUCCAGAAGAAGGUCCACGCGCUGUUUAGCCAAGACCCGAGCGGAAUUCAAUUUCGCAUCUCGAUGGGCAUCGAAACGGGAGUCCCGGUGUCGGUGAGCCCACACAAGUCGAGCGGCCGCGCCGAUUACUUUGGCAACAUUGUCAACCAGACGGCCCGCAUCGCCAAGGCGGCCCACGGCGGCCAGAUCAUGCUCGGCGGCGAUGCCUGGAAAGCGUUCAUGCAUGACUCGGCCUCGCACUCGGACAGACCGCUUGCUGGCAGCCUCCCGUUUUACUUCAAGGACCACGGAUACUUUCAGUUCAAAGGCAUCGCAUCGGGCACGCUCCUCGUGGAGGUCGUUCCGUUUGGCCUCGAAACCAUUGUCCAUGCCGCCACGACCGCCAAGGUGUACAAGAAACCAGUCCCGCCGUCGACGGUGCCGCUGCCGGAUCGCAACCGCCUCGUGUACGUGUGGAGCCAGACCGGCGAGGGCGAGUCGGACGUCGGGUACAGCAUCCGUGACACGGAGGUGUUCGAUGACAAGUCCCUUUACGGCACGCUGAGCGAGUGGACCCCACAAGACCUGCGCACGUGGUUCAACGAAGACUCGAAGCGCGGCGUCUUCGACAUGCCUCAUGCGGUGUGUGAACUGCGCGAUGAGUAAACGCCUCCCCCUCGCCGUCGUGUGAAUCGUUGUCAUUUAACUUAUAACAUAUUGCUGAAAACUCUCUUCUACCA